AGGUAAACAACAAGAAGUGAGAAAGAAAGAGGGGCCAGGAUAGACAGAAGAGGAUACUGAUGUUUAAUUUGGAUGCUACUUCUACAGCUUAUACACUGAGAACUUCCUAUCAGAUAGCAGAAGGAGUACCAGGACAGAGGAGUGUGUCUCUGUACACACUGGGCUCUGAGCUGAUCCAUGAUGCUGUCUCUGCUCACUCUACUGCUGGGAUUAACAGCCUCUGCCGCCUCAGUGGAGUGGAGGCGUCCUGUGAUUAGGUUUAACUCCAGAGUGCUGACACGCCCUGAGGUGGUGGUGAAGGUGGGCACUCAGCUGGACCUGAGGUGUGAGGGUGAUGGUCCUGUGAACUGGAGGCCACGGCUGCCCAAACACCGGCGCUACAUCUCCAAACUGAGGGGGAGUGUCCAGAUGUUGAGAGUGGAGCGGCCCACUGCAGAGUUCACUGGGACAUAUGUGUGUUAUUAUACCAGCGGACCACAACGCGAGCUCACCGCCUCCAUACAUGUUUAUGUCAGAGAUCCUAACCGGGUGUUCUGGGCUAGCAGCAACUUCCUUCGUAUUGUGAAAAAAGAGGGAGAGGACUUCAUGCUGCCCUGUCUCCUGACUGACCCCUCGGCCACAGACAUUGGCUUGCGCAUGGACAACGGCACCUCUGUCCCACCAGGAAUGAACUAUACAGUGUACAAGCACCGUGGCAUUCUCAUUCACAACCUUCACCCAAGCUUCAAUGCCGACUAUGUGUGCAUGGCGCGAGUCAAUGGAGUGGAGAAGACUUCCAGGGUUUUUUCCAUCAAUGUUAUUCAAAAGCUUCGGUUCCCUCCAUAUGUCUUCCUGGAUACUGAGGAAUACAUCCGCAUUGUUGGGGAAGAACUAAAGAUUCGCUGCACCACACACAACCCCAACUUCAACUAUAAUGUCACCUGGAAAUAUACAACUAAAUCGAAGCCGAUUAUUGAGGAGAAGGUUAAAUCAAAUGGAGAGAAUAGACUAGACAUCCAAAGCAUAUUAACCAUUUCAGCUGUGGACCUGGCAGACACCGGGAACAUUUCUUGUAUUGGCACCAAUGAAGCUGGAGUGAACAGCACAACAACAUACCUGCUAGUAGUAGAUAAGCCCUACAUCAGGUUACAACCCCAACUCUCUCCAAAACUGGCUCAUCGGGGUUUGUCUGUGGAGGUGAAUGAAGGAGAGGACCUGGAGCUCAGUGUGAUUAUAGAAGCAUACCCCCAUAUUACAGAGCACAAGUGGGUCACACCAACCACCCCCAGUACUUCAACACAGGAGCACAAGUUCAUACGAUACAACAACAGAUACCACGCUAGCCUUCAGCUCAAACGGAUGAAUGCUCAUGAACAGGGCCAGUACACGUUCUACGCAGAAAACAAUUUGGCCAAUGCCUCAAUCACAUUUCAAGUCCAAAUGUAUCAGAGGCCUGUUGCAGAGGUCCGAUGGGAAAAUGUCACCACACUCACAUGCACUUCUUAUGGCUACCCUGCUCCAAGAAUCAUUUGGUACCAGUGUUUUGGGAUCAGGCCCACGUGUAAGGAGAAUAACUCAGGGACCCAGAUGCCCAUCCCCCUGCAGGCGCCCACAGUGGAGGUACAGAGGGAGGAGUACGGUGCAGUGGAGGUGGCGAGCGUCCUCACUGUGGGACCGUCUAGACGAAGGAUGACCGUGGAGUGUGUGGCCUUCAAUGUCGUGGGCGUGAGCAGUGACACUUUUGCCAUGGAGGUGUCUGAUAAGCUCUUUACAUCCACUCUGUUUGGAGCUGGAGGAGUUCUGUCAGUGCUGCUUCUGCUUUUGGUGUUCCUCCUUUACAAAUACAAACAGAAACCAAGAUAUGAAAUCAGAUGGAAAAUUAUUGAGGCGAGUGACGGGAACAACUACACCUUUAUUGAUCCUACUCAGCUACCAUACAAUGAGAAGUGGGAAUUUCCACGAGAUAAGCUCAAGCUAGGAAAGAUUCUUGGUGCUGGUGCUUUUGGAAAAGUUGUUGAAGCCACAGCCUAUGGUCUUGGAAAAGAGGACAAUGUGACACGUGUGGCUGUAAAAAUGUUGAAAGCUAGUGCUCAUUCGGACGAAAGGGAAGCUCUGAUGUCUGAACUGAAAAUCCUGAGCCAUUUGGGAAACCACAAGAACAUUGUCAACUUACUUGGUGCAUGCACAUAUGGAGGUCCAGUGCUGGUGAUAACAGAGUACUGCAGUCUAGGUGACCUCUUGAACUUCCUGCGACAUAAGGCAGAGAUGUUUAUGAACUUUGUAUUGAACAUCCCUGAGAUUGUGGAAAACGACUAUAAGAACAUUUGCAAUCAGAAACAUUUCAUACGGAGUGACAGUGGGAUCUCCAGCACAUCUUCAGGCAGCUAUUUAGAAAUGAGACCUACUCAGCCACUACACAUCGACUCAUCUCAAGUGACUGAAUCAAAUGUCGACUGGUCGUUUGACAUAGACGACUUGCUCCGGUUUUCCCUCCAAGUGGCUCAGGGUUUGGAGUUCCUUGCAAGUAAAAAUUGUAUUCAUCGAGAUGUGGCAGCCAGGAAUGUCCUUCUAACAGACCGCAGAGAGGCUAAGAUCUGUGACUUUGGUCUGGCCCGAGACAUCAUGAAUGACUCCAACUAUGUAGUAAAAGGAAAUGCACGUUUACCUGUCAAGUGGAUGGCCCCAGAAAGUAUUUUUGAAUGUGUCUACACUGUUCAGAGUGACGUCUGGUCGUACGGCAUCCUGUUAUGGGAGAUCUUCUCACUGGGUAAGAGCCCAUAUCCCAGUAUUGCAGUGGACCCCAGGUUCUACAAAAUGGUGAAGCGAGGAUACCAGAUGUCCCAGCCAGACUUUGCUCCACCUGAGAUCUAUAUGAUCAUGAAGAUGUGCUGGAACCUGGAGCCAACAGAGCGUCCAACUUUCACAAAGAUCAGUUCGAUGGUAGAGAGAUUAUUGGGUGGUCUGACGGGACAGAGCCAAGAGCAGGAGCAGCUAAUCUACCAAAAUGUGCAGCAGCCAGAGCAGCUGGAGCAACGCAGAGAGGGUGAGGAGUGUGACCAGCCCAAAUGCUGUUGCCAUGGCCCCUGUGAUCAGUCUUGUGACCGCGAAGAAGAGGAGCAGCCCCUGAUGAAGACCAACAACUACCAGUUUUGUUGAAUUUACUGAGAAAUUCAUAUAAAGAAACUCCCAUGCCAUGUCAAAAUGAAACUUUUUAACUACACCAAGGCAGUUUGAAGUUAGCAGUGUCCCUACCACACACUGUUGGGAGCUAAUUUUUGCUGGUCAUGCCUCUUUGCUAGACAGACAGCUGUGAGAAAGCAUGUGAUCUGCUUCUUUGGAGACCGUGACUGGAAAUACACACAUUUUGCAUAGACUUAUGACAUGAAAGGAAAAAGUAUGUCAACAAUGCAAAGUAAUUGAAGCCAUCUCCAAUAAUGGACUCAAGUAUUUAAAUGUGUCAGUGUUGUUUACCUUGUUUUGUUUUUGUAUUCUCACCGUCAUGGAUUUGUGGGUUUGCGUCAGCAGGUUCACUUCUGUUUCAAUAGACUUCAAUGUUAUUUUCUCAGAGGAAGCAAGCCCUCAAUCUGUCUAUGUGACCUAUUCAUACUCCUGUACUGUGCAACGCUAUUCUAUCUCUGAUCACCUAAAAUGAAUGCCCAAAACAGUGCAAGGGUUUUUCUCUGAGUUUAACGUGCUAAAUGGAGCGUGGAGAGGGGGAAGAAUGGCCAUGUUGUUUCCCUGCUCUGUGCUGCGGACACUCUUACAGUAGCUGUCGGUCGACGGCAACAUGUGAUUGUUCCACUUCAAUUUAUGGGAUUAAUUAACAAAGUGUGUUCAGUGUGUGUUUUUAAGGCAGCGAGAAACAGAUGGUCAGAGCAGGAAAAUCUGUUGAGACAAUUUUCAUGUUUGAAAAUGUGAAGUUUAUAUUAUACUGUUAAUGAAUGCUUAUAAGUGAUGAUGCACAAGUAUAGUGGUCAGCUUACACUGCCAGCUAGAUGUCUUUGGUGUAAUUUAUAAGCUAUAUUGCAAACUAUGGACCAAAGAUUUGUAAUAUGAUUUCAGGCAUUUCAGUGAAUGUGCUUACAUCUGAACAUGAUGCCCAAUAAUGUAUAUAAUGUCUAAGGAUGUAAAUUCAGAAUAAUCUUUAUUUUCUCUGAAAGCACAUAGUAAUAAAACAGUGUGUGACGUAUUUUUAAGCAAAUGAGACAAUCAUCGCAAAGUUGCAAGAUAACAGAAAUAAGUGUUAAUAAAGUUUCA